AUGUCUGAAUCAAUUGAAGAUAAAAUCGCACAACUUGUGGAUAUGGGGUUUUCCCCAGAACAAGCACUGAAAGCUUUAAAAGCCACCAAUAACGAUGUAGAAAAUGCCAUUGGAUACUUAUUUGAAGAACCAAUUGAAGUUGAAUCCAAGCCACCAUUACCAUCUAGACACAAUGAUCAAGACACGAUCCAAGUUCUGAAUCCACUUGAUAUACCAGAUUUCAGUGCCUUACAAGCGUAUAGAACAGAACAAGAGGUGAAUGAAACUGAUAGUGAACAAACUCCAGAUGAACUUGAUAUCAAUGAAUUGCACGUUGUGAACGAACGCCAACUAAAAGGAGAAGAGGAUGACGAAGAUGAAGAAGAAGAAGGUUAUGAUAAAGACCACCCAAUGGAAGACUCUGUUUCCAAGAAUUUGAGUCCUUCUGAUCUGGAUGAUGAAUCAAUAGAUGAUAAUGUAUCAUUAUUUGAUAAAGUUAAGACUUAUGAAUUUGAUUCUUCAAUUCCAAAAUUAAUUAUACCUUCAAAUCCAUUACAAAAGGAAAAUUAUUUUAUACCAUUUAUAAUAAUUCUUUCCCAAAUUACUAAAUUUCAAUCAAUUGUUUUCGAUAAGCAAUUUGAAAAUAAAGAUUAUGGAUGGGAUAAGAAUUGGUUUAAUGAAGGAAUUUUAAAUUUAUUAAUCCCAACUGAUAUUAAUAAAGAACAAGUACCAUCAUUCAAGUUUGUGGUUGAAUUACAAAGACUUGUUGGAUUCAUAGCUAAAAAUGAUAGUAAGAGAUUAUUAAUAUCUGAUAAAAAUUUUUAUCAAACAUUACCAAAGGAAUUCAAAAAUCUUUUAAAUGAUACUUUAUUAAUUGAAGAAAUUAUUCCUAAAAUAUUUGAAAUUUUAAAGGAGAAUAUUUUGAAAACAAUUAAUCAAAAAGAUAUUGAAAUUGCCAAAAGAUUUAAAGAAUUAUUAGAUGAAAUAUUUACGUUUGAAGUGGUUAAUGAAGAAGAAGAUCAAAAGAAUGACGUAUGUCAUAUUGACAUAGAAUCUAAUUUACAUCAUGCCAACUUGUAUGAAUCAUUCAAUGAACUUGUUUGGGGUAAUGAAUUAGAACAAUUGGGACAAAUCAUGUUUAGUCAACUUGCAGAUGUUUUAACUGUUAGUAGAAUUGGAGAUGAUCAAUAUAAUUCAUAUUAUGGGAAUCAAUCGAAUUCAAAAUUUGAAAUUCUUGAAGAAUUUUAUCCAGAGAUAUAUUCAUCUGAAUAUGUUGGUACAAUUGUUGAAAUGAAUAAAUUAAGAGAAUCAUUAUUUUCAGAGAAAGUUGAACUUGUUAAAAGAAUUAAUCAUAUGAAUUUUUUUGAAGGUAAAAAAUUAGAAAAAAUAUUGGAUAAGACAUCAUUAAUACUUGAAGGAGAAUCAAAAUUGGAUAUUGAUAACUUUAGACAAGUUUUAGAGGGGAAAAAAUCAUUUGUUAAUGAAGAGAUUGAAAAAAUUGGACAACAAUUCAAAGAAUCCGAUAUUACUGUACCAGAGAAUGUGAUCAAGAGAAUUGAGAAUGAGGGACAUUCUUUGAAACCAUAUAUUAUAACUGGGAUCAUUCAUUCUAAUACAGAAUAUUGUUAUCGUAAAAGAGGUAGUAAACAAUGGGUUAGUGUCAAGUAUAUUGUUAAGAAUUCUAAAGAAGUGGUUGAUGCGGAGUGUCAAGUAUUUGAUAGCUUUGAAGAUCUCAAACCAAGAUUACAUACUAAUGGUACACAAACAUGUGUUUAUGUUAAAGGUGAAAUAUGGAAUGAUUUAACGUGUACACCAUCAACACCUCAUGGACUUAGUGUAUUUUUCGGUCGCGAUAAUUCAGUAAUGGAUGAAAAUGUGAGGAGAGAGAAGGGAGAAGAUAAUGGUGAAGACGGAAAGGAGGAAGGGGAAGAGGAAGAGGAAGAAAUGGAGGAAAAUAAUGAAGAGAUAAAGGAGGAAGGAAAUAAGGAUGAAGAGAAGAAGAAUGAAGUGAAAAAUAAUGAAGAUAAGAAGGAGGAAGUUGAUCAAGUUAAAGAGCAAUUGGAAGAUAAAGAUUUAAUUCAAUUAGAUGAUCCAAUUAAGGAAUAA